GGUAAGAGUGCCACAGCCUUAAUAGCCAGACAGGUACUUUUCGAAUUGACGGAUAAAUAUCCCCGAGAACAUGCUUGCCGUAAAGGAAGGUAAGCAGCCUGUCCUACGGCAGCAUGCAAUUCCACUGGAUAUUGUGAAAAGUGCGAGCCCAGUCGUAGGCAGCCUCGUUAAGCUGCAUUGUUUAUCCGUCGUCCCGCGGCCACUAUUAGAUGGCCAUAAGCUAGUUGUGAAGGAUUUGAAGGUAGGGGGGUUCGUUAAAGUCUAUAAGCAAAUAUCCCGUCCAUCCGUCAUUUCCGCGGCGCAAGUUGCCUCGCGCGAUUUUCCGUCGCCAAUAAAAAGAUUCUCUUUCAAAUAUUUGCCACCUCCUACACGUAAAAUCCAUCUCGGUUCCAGCAAUUUGCAACUCCCAAAGAACAGAAAAGAAUCCCCCAAAAUCCGCCUUCAUGCGCCAGUUUAUCCAUCUCCACGACUCCUUUUAUUCCUUCCAGAUCAUCAUUCUCUGAGACUCUUCGUACGAAUACUCUUCGUACGAAUACUCUUCGUACGAAUACUCUUCGUACGAGUACUCUUCUCUCGGCCAACCUGCCGUCCCUUUCUGUGUCUGGAAACCAUCAUCUGCCAGUGGCAGGAACCUCUGUUGUUGCCCUCAAGGUGGCCUCAAAUUUCCGGCUUGGGACGAAAUAAGACAGCCGUGGCUGUUCUUUCUUGACUACUUUGAUUGACUUUCUGGCAUUUAAGCACAACCCGAAUUCGUUGUUCAGACCGAUGGGCGUGACGUCCUUUUCUUCCCUGGAAAACGCCUCCCAUUGUCCGCUGCUCCUCGACGUCCUGAGCUGCAAGAUGAAGUUGAGUGCUCGUUCCCCUUUCCGCCAGGCUGCGCUCUUGAGAUGGCCAAAUUAAAGUUGAUUUCUAGGCGCGUUUGAUAGUGGGCCUCGGGGCCUGACGGAGCUGCCCUUCACUCCCCUGUCAUCCAUUAGAAUCUUAAAAUUUAUUCCUCCGA